AUGUACUUUGCCAAUAUUCUACCCGCCUUAGCCUUUUCCCUUGACAUGUUCACGAGUACCGACUCCAACUACGGCGUCAACGAGGUCCUCUUAGCCUCCGUUCUCGGCGCCGUCGUAUUCUCCCUCUUCGCCGCUCAGCCCCUCGUCAUUGUCGGUGUCACGGGCCCAAUCACCGUAUUCAACUACACCGUAUAUGAUAUCAUGAAGCCAACUGGUGUCAACUACAUGGCUUUUAUGUGUUGGAUCGGCAUUUGGUCCUUGAUCUUUCAUUGGAUCCUUGCCGUCACCAACUCGUGCAAUCUACUAAAAUACGUAACCCGCUUCCCCUGCGACAUCUUUGGCUUCUACGUCGCCUUCAUCUACCUCCAAAAGGGCAUACAGGUCCUGGAAAGGCUGGAAAGCGGCGAAUCCUUUUACCUGUCCAUCGUCGCUGCCCUCCUCGUCUUCAUGGUCGCCUACCUGUGCGGCGAGCUCGGGACCAGCAGCCUCUUCACCCACACCAUACGCGUCUUUCUCAAGGAUUACGGUACCCCGCUCACCCUCAUCUUCUUCACCGGCUUCGUCUACAUUGGCCGCAUGAAGGACGUCCAUCUCGAAGGACAUCUCGGUCGGCCAAGUCUUUUGGCUGCGCCUUUUGCCAUCCUCUUGACCAUUCUGUUUUGGUUCGAUCAUAAUGUCUCUUCCCUCAUCGCCCAAGGCACCGAGUUCCCCCUCCGAAAACCCGCCGGCUUCCACUGGGACCUCUUCCUCCUCGGCCUCACCACCGGCGUCGCCGGCAUCCUCGGCCUACCCUUCCCCAACGGCCUCAUCCCCCAGGCCCCCUUCCACACCGAAUCCCUCUGCGUCACCCACGCCGUCCAGGACGUCGACGAAAGGGCGAGCACAAGGGCGGCUACCUCACCGAGACCACCCACGUCGUCGAGCAGCGCUUCUCCAACCUCGCCCAGGGCCUCCUCACCCUCGGCACCAUGA